AUGCCCACCCCUGGCCUGUCCCUGGUUCAUUUGUGCAUGCUACAGGUUCAGGAUCAGCAACCUGAAGUUCCCAAAGGAACAGGCCGUGUGACUUGUCCAGCACACGGCAAGGAGAAGUUCAACCGUGCCAAGCUCAUGAACAUUGGCUGCACUGAGGCCCUCAAGGAGUAUGACUACAGCUGCUUUAUCUUCAGCGAUGUGGACCUCAUUCCAAUAGACGAUCAAAACACCUACAAGUGCUACAGCCAGCUCAGGCACCUUUCUGUGUUCAUCGAUAAAUUUGGAUUUAGGAUUAUUUUUCAUGGCAUGAACCUGUCCCGGCCAAACAAGGUCAUCGGAAGAUACCAUAUGAUCGCCCAUGACAAGGACAAGAAGAAUGACCGCAACCCUUAUAGAUAUUCUGACCCCAUGAUAAAUUUUACGAUGGACUCUGAUGGCCUCAGCUCCUUGAAUUACAAAGUGAUUGAUGUUCAAAAGCAGCCUUUAUACACUAAAGUCAUAGUAGAUGUGGGCACCCCUUCCCUUUAA